AAAGUUCCACUUCUAUCGAUUGAAGCAAUCCAUCAACUUCAUAUUUUUAUCUUUGUUUUGGCCACAACUCAUGUGAUUCUUAGUGUUCUAACCAUGCUCUUGGGAAGUGCAAAGAUACGCCAAUGGAAGCACUGGGAAGUUUCCAUCCACAAAGAAACUGUGGAAAAUGCUUCUGCCCCAGCGAUCACUCAUGUUCACCAAACUGAAUUUGUUAAGGGCCGCUUUCUUGGCAUUGGCAAGGAUUCUGUAAUAUUAAGUUGGCUGCAUUCCUUCUUUAAACAAAUUUUUGGAUCAGUAACAAAAUCAGACUAUAGCACAAUGAGGCUUGGAUUCAUUAUGGCUCAUUGCAAGGGUAACCGCAAGUUUGAUUUUCACAAAUACAUGGUUCGAGCCCUUGAAGCUGACUUUAAGAAAGUGGUUGGUAUUAGUUGGUAUCUCUGGAUUUUUGUGGUUAUUUUCUUGUUGCUGAACGUUGGAGGUAUGCUCAACCUGAAGCCAUUCCCUUUUUAUGUUACAACCUGAUGGAAAAAUAUUGCA